AUGGACGCCGCCAGCACCGCAGCCGCCGCCGCCGCCUUGGCCACCCCGGCCCCCGCCCCGGCCGCGACCGUGCAGGUGCCGCGCGGGCAGGUGGAUCUGAUCGAUUUUAUCGACUGGACCGGCGUCGAGUGCCUCAACCAGGACUCGUCCCACAGCAUCGUGAACGCGCUCAAGCAGAGUUUGCGGGACGACGAGGGGCUGUACCUCGCCAGCGAUUCGGACGAGCAGCUGCUGAUCUACAUCCCCUUUAUGCAGGUGGUCAAACUGCAUUCCGCACUAUUCAAAGGCCCCGAGGAAGAGGGCCCCAAAACAGUAAAACUCUUCUCCAACAAAGAGCAUAUGGGUUUCAGCCUGACUAUAUUUAUUGAGGACAAUCAAAGUGGAAGUGAUGUCUCGAAAAUUCACAAGAUUGCUCUUUAUGGAACAACUGUGGACACGACGAAUAUGAAGGAUUUGAAGAAGAUAGAAGAGCACUGA